UUUGGGAGCAUUCCUACUUAUUCCACGAGUUAUCAAACUGUGGCGUCAUUGUUUAGAGUCCCGCUCGGCGGUGUCCUCUUCCCCAACAUCCUCAAAAGAAAGGGGCAAAGCGCGCCAGCGCAGUAAUCUAUACCAGGCUGCUCCACUCCCUGAAUGUGAUGUCGGGACACUGAUUGGUGGAGCGAAGGUCACGUGGUGCUGGCAGUCUGCGAGGUUCUGAAGAUGGCGGUUACGGCGUUUGGAAUGAGGGAGUUGGAUUCGCAUUUGCUGUUGCAUCCGGAGCUUCUGUCUGGGGAUUUUCUCCUGCAGCUCCUGGAGCAGAGAAAAAUACCUACCGAGAACCUGCAUGAAGCUCAGAAGGAUCAGAUUGUUGAAGUGUACAUUCAGCAUGUCAUUCCACUGCCGCAGAGAGAGCUGCCCAAGAGUAGAUGGGGGCGAAUGAUGGCUGAGAAAAGAGGUCAACAAUCCAUGUGUACUCCACAGAUUAAAAGACCAACAAUGGAGGGCUCGAGGAAAAGACCACUUAUUGUGUUUGAUGGCAGCUCUACAAGCACGAAAAUAAAGCUCAAAAAAACCGAAAAUACUACGGCAGAUCAGCUAAAGCAGUUGCCGACAGGAAAUAUGGGUACCGCCCACAUGAAUAUACUGUCUGUCCAGCCAAGUGGCACAAAUAUUCUGACCGAUAAUAAUGUGGUCAAAAGUCCAGUUCAAGGUGUUGUACCUAGCAAUGAUAUGGUUACCAUGAAACAUGGAGGUGUUAUGCCUUUGAAAACCUCUCCAUUGCCUUACCCAACAUCUGGAGGCACCAAUCCCAUAAAACUAAAGCGAGCACUUGCAAAAGAUGGAGAGGGAGAUGCACCAGUAAGUUUUAAAAUUUACCGUUUUUAGCCAGACCUGACAGGACAUGAAGAAUGUUUUUUGUUUUUGUUCUUGCCUGCUUGUGUAAUUGAGAUGUAGUAGUUGUAAUGUAACUUCUUAUGGAAUUUUCUGAAGUAACCCUAAACUAUAUCAGUGAAAGAACAGAUUCUGCUGUAGAAUGGCAUUAGAACAGAUUUUAUUAUAUUGAUUGGAAAUGAUUUCAUAAAUAGUGUUGUGUAAUGGAUUAAGUUAGUACAUUUGUCCAAUAAACAUUCUCAUGUCUGAGCUUA